UAAGAAUGGCAACUCUUAAUCCCUCAAAAAAGGAAGCUGGCAUCUUUAGAUGCUUCAAGGAUGACCAAGUUAAUAUACAUACUUACCCAGAUACUGAAUAUAAUGCACUACAAGAAUUAGGCAGAAUUUCUCAGAGAAAUAUAUAUCAGCCUCUUUCCCUCACUAAUUUGCCUCCUAUGUCAAAUGAAGAGAUUCAAAAGCUAUAAAAACUCAUGUCAAAAGAUAAAGCUAUUACUAUAGAUGGUAUAUCAGACACUUUUAUUAGGAAAACAAAAAAUCUAAACAUUUUAAAAGAUCUCUGGAAUGUUAAUACUCGCCAAAUAAAUAAAUAUAAUGGUCAGGCUCGUGUAGUCCCACUGAAUAAUGUAUGUUCUCAAAAUAGCAAUUUAGCCCUAUCACACUACUUAGCCCAUUAUUCAAAUUCUUAGAAUUCAAAUUCUUAAGCAAGAUUUAAAAAUUUUUGCUAGCAGCAUCUAAAAUAUGAACAAAAUGACUUCAUAUCUAAUAGAGGAACAUAAGUAAAUAUAGAAAAAUUAAUCUCUUACUUAGACAGUGUAAAUAGAAAGGAGAGGAAGAAAGUUAUUUAAAUUUUAGAAGAAAAAUAAGUAUUAAACUUGAACGAAUUAACAUUCCUAAAAGGACUGUACUCAUUACUUCAUUAUUAAGACCCUAUCAAAGAAAAAAAAAAUGGUGGUGUAAAGAUGAAGUCGAUUAAGGAUCCCCAUUAUCACCAUCACUAUUCAAUAUUUACUUGGAUGCUUUCUUAUAAGAUUUAUCUUUAAAACUGAAUCAGGAGCUGAAUGUUAGAUCUCCUCUAAAAUGGAUAUCAAACAAAGAAUUAUCCUCUGGAAAAUAUACAUAAAUUCACAUAUCACCUAUUCGAAUUUAGCUAUUUAUACAACCCAUUAGAAUAACUCCAAAGAAUGAUAUAAUAAAUGUAUAAAGAAAUCUCUAAAGAUCAUAACCAGAUUGCAAAAAUCUACACCGAACCAUAUCACUAACAUAUUAAUCAAAUCUAACAGAUAUAGUCAGGUUCCUAAAAACCUAAACGAUUUAUACUAUUAUUAAGGAAAAUUGCAAUACCCAUAAAUGUAAGAUGAAUGACUUGCCAUAAUUGAAUAAGAUUUUGGGAUUAAAUUUUAAGAAUUACAGGCAAUCCUCAAGAGGAGCAGAUAGAAAAGCAAAACUAUCAAGUUGA